AUGGCGAUGCGUCAAAAAGAAGGCGAGUCUCUGAAAGAUUAUGUGGUCCGGUUCAAUCAAGCAAAGCUCAUAGUUGAUAGUCCAACCGAAGAAAUGGUCUAUGCUGCCCUCUAUCAGGGCUUAAAGGUAGAAGAACCCUUGAUGUCAGAAAUUGCUCUCAAUCAUCCUGAGAAUUUGACCGCCCCCACGGACGUGAUUGAGAAGUAUGUAAACCAGGAGGAAACCCUUGCAGCUUUGAGGGAGUCACAGAAGCAAAAGGUUGCGGAGUCAAGCAACUCCGGAAAAAAAGAAAAAGGGGCCCAUAAAGAAGAAAAGCGGACCGAAACAAAAAAAGCCGUGAAGUAUUACCAGUUCUCCAUAGACGAAUGGACUCCCUUGAAUUCACCCAUUAAUGAAGUAUUGAUGGAAAUCAAGAAGGAUCCGAUGUACCAAAGGCCUUAUCCCCUUCACAAUAAGAAUGUGAGAGAAGAAAAUAGAAACAAAUUCUGCGCGUUCCAUGAUGCUCGGGGUCAUGUCACCGAGGAAUGCAGACAUUUGAGAAUCCUGAUCGAGAAAUUCAUCAAAAAUGAAAAAUUACUCCGUUUCAUAGCAGAUAACCAGGGCCAGCCUCGGUAG